AUGACCAGAUUAGCUCCUCCUCCUCAGUCCAGUUUAAAAGAAAAGCUGAGAAAGAAAUCUGCCACCACUCAGGGGGAAGAAAGUUCAAAGCGAAAGGAUGCUUCUCGCAAGUCUUCGAAGAAAAGGAAGACCACAUCUGUUAGUACCGAAGGUUCAGCACAAAGCUCCUUGCCACAAGAACCUGUCUUAGUAGAGCAGAUCAACCCGAGUCUGACACAAGAACCUGCUGAGAUAGAAAAGGAUAAUUGCGAACUUCCAUCUUCAUCUGAUCACUUAAGUCUCCCACAAGAACCUGACUUGCCAGAAGAGACGAGAGAAGUGAUCAUCGAUCCUGUCAUUGUCUUAACACAUGCCACCGAAACUUCCCUUACACAAAAACCUACUCCAGCAGAGCAGAUCAACCCGAUUCUGACACAAGAACCUGCUGCAGUAGAGAAGGACGAAAGCUUGCCACAUUCUUCGAACCACUUAAGUCUUCCACAAGAACCUGGCUUGCCAGAAGAGACGAGAGAAGUGAAACCAUCUCUCGAUCCUGCCUUUGAAGAAGAGAUGAAGGAAUUCAAAGCUGCUCUCUUGUUAUCCAAAAUCAAAACUGAAUUAGAGAAGCUCCAUCAAAAUGAUCCAGCUUGCAAUGUCAGCGGAUCCAAGGACGAGAAUGGGAAUGCAAUUGAAGACGAUGCUGCAAUUGAGGAAGAUGUUGAAAAUGAAGAAGCUACAGCAGAAGAAGAAAGAAUUUGUACCAAUGAGGUUGAACCUGCUGCAAAUGAACAUCCUGAUGAAAAAGACAACGCAGAUGGAGAUGGUGAUGAAGAAGACAAUGACGAGAAUGACAUUCCAGAUGACGAGAAUGAUGAUGAGGAAGACGAUGACAGUGAUAAGGAUAAUGAUUAUAACAAUCAUGAUUCGGAUGACGAUGAUUCGGACUAUGAUAGUGAAUCUCCUAUCAUAGGCAACACCGAAAUCAUACUCGGAUCACCCACACCUCACUCAUCUCCUCAUGAAGAAGACCCUCCUCGUGAUCCAUCCCCUUCAGCACCUCCACCUACUGAUAGUCGGAUUGAUGCUAGACCAGCUAGUGAUGGCAAAAUGGAAGCAUCACCACCAACAACAGGUCAAUUGAAUCCGAAAUCACCUCGUGAUGGCAAAAUGGAAGAAUCACCAAGUGAGAAUCAAUUCAUUCUUGAACAGAGGAAUGUUUUUCGUGAACCUAAGAGCAUCCACCUCGAACCAGGCCUUCGUAUCGAAUCUCUUGAUCCAGAAAACAUCAUGCACCAUUUGCUAACCACAAUCCACCAAGUCGAGCUUCUGCAUCAACUGUAUUCAUUUCACUGA